AUGCUUCGUAAAAUUAUACCUUGUAAAAUUCUAGCUGAUUUAAGUGCUAUCAAAAUUCAGCCUAAAAGAAGUUCCACAUUAUUUAUGAAUGGGCCCAAAGCAACAGACAACUUUAUGUAUGUUACACCAUAUGUAGACUACUCCGAGUAUUUGAGUAGAAAAAAUGUUCUACAGGAAGAAUUAGUUAAACGUCAAGCUAAUAAUAACCUGAUCCAGUUAGAAAACUUAUGGGGUGUUUAUGAGGAAUUGAAGAAAAAAAAGACAGAACUGACAGAUAGCAAGAAUAGAAUAUCCAAAGAGCUUGGUCAAAACCUAAACACUGAUAACCCCGACAUAGAAAAAUUGAGACUACACCAUACAUUACUUAAAGAAAAUAUUAGUAAAUUUAAAGUCCCAUUUUGGUCUGCGGAAGAGGCAGCCAUUAUUGAAUACUUAAAGUUACCAAAUAGACUACAUCCCUUAACACCUACAGACAAAAAUAAAGUAAUAUUUGAUCAUGGUUCACCUCCAUCCAACCAGAAAAACCAUAUGCACAUUGGGAAAGAACUCGAUUUGGUAUGCUACAACAACAACACAAAUUAUUACCUCAAAAGUGAUGCAGCUAUAUUUGAGCUAGGGUCAAAAUUUUAUUUCAGCAACAUAUUGAGGAACAAUCAUUUUGAUCAGUUUUCUAAUCCGGAUUUCUGCAAAAGUUUCAUAGUGGAAGGUUGUGGUGGAGAUCCAUCAGACCCUAAUUCCACUUACACACUGGACCAUCAUGUGGAAAGUGAUACAGACAUGGACAAUCGCUUACAUUUAACCGGUUCUGGUGCAAUGACCUCAUUUUUUGCAUAUCACACAAAAAAUGUUGUACAAAGCCAAAAACUGCCUUUAAAAUAUUUCUCUAUGGGCAGACAAUACACGCCAACGUCUAAUAAGGAAAACAGUCUAUUCAAUGUUUGUCAGAGUUCAGUGAUACAGGCAUUUAUGGUGGCCAAAAAUUUGGAAGAAAUUGAGAAGUUGAUGCAGGAGCUUAUCAAUAUAUUGAAAGUUGCAUACACAGAUUUGGGUUACCAUUUUAGACUGAGUUUUGUACCUGCCAAGAAAUUGAAAAGCUGGGAGUCUCUGAGAAUAGCCAUAGAAAUGUAUUCAUCUUCGUUAAAAAGUUACAUCGAAAUUGGCAAUCUGUCAAUGAGUGAAGACUUCAUAAGUAAGAGACUUAUGUUUACUUAUCUUGAUGGUAAGGAGCAUAAAUUCCCAUUUGUAAUGUCAGGUACCCUACUGAAUGUACCUAGACUUUUUGCCUGUACUUUGGAACAAGAUGGUACAUUUUCUGUACCACCACAAUUUACAGUGGAUAAGUGGAGCAUUUAAUAUGAAACAUAGUCUUUUUUUUAAGUUUAAAUUUAAAGUCUUCAAAGAAAGUAGAAAUUGUAUUUCAACAGCUUUCUAUUUUUAUUUUAGUAGAAUGCUUAACAUUACUACUAGUAACUACUAUGUUGACCAGGAAAAAACAGUAUAAUGUAAAUAUAUAAA